AUGGCAGCUGUGUUUUCCGGUUUGGGGGUUUUCUUUAAUUUUUUGGUUAAGAAAAUUGAGGCGCAGAUAUUGAGUACUUUGUCCAAGAUAACACAACUGGCCAAUGGCAAAUGGCAGAACAAGCUCUGUACUAUGAUUCCUGAGCUUACUUCAGGGAUCAUGAAAGGCCACUGCAAUUUACAGAUUGACUGUGGUGAGUUCCAGGACCCCAAGGUCCACUGCACUCGAGAAUCUAAUCCCCACUGUGGUUCUGAUGGCCGGACAUAUGGCAAUAAAUGUACCUUCUGUAAGGCAAUGCUGAAAAGUGGUGGGAAGCUCAACCUAAAGCACCAUGGAAAAUGCUGA